AUGGCUCCCCAAGCCGCCAUUCAGUUCCUCACCAACCUGACACUGUUGGGUUUCGUGUCUGCGAUCAUUGUAGAACGAAAAAGACCAGAUGCGACAUGGUCCGUCCGGUCUGUGGAACUUGCAGGUCCCGUCAUACAGAUUGUACUUAUAGCAAGCGAAGAAAGAAGCCCGGGCCCCCAAAAGGAUGCCAUAGGAAGCAACAUGGUCACGCCGCCUUGCUUUGACAAUGUCAUGGCAGCACAAGGACCCUGCCGUGAUAGUGCAGUCACAACACCUCGCUUAUACAUCUCGCCCAGCCAGUCCUUUCCCGAAAAUUGUCUGCAUCUUGGCCCUGAGCUUGAAGAUUAUUUGAUGGAAUUGUACUUUCAACACCUACAGCCAAUCUACCCUCUGUUCCGGAGACAUUCAACCCUUUCAAGUCGUGACAUUUCAAAAGCUCCUUCCCGACUCAAGUUAGCUAUCCAUGCAGUUGCUUCACGAUUUGCAGGGCCUGGAGUCCUGAAAGGGCCAAUAUCAUCGGUGCAAUUUGCCCAGCAGGCGAAAAACAGCGAAAGAGACUCUGAUCUCGGCAUUGAUGAAAUCAAAGCAUCUUUGCUACUUUGUAUACACGGCAUGUCUGAAUCCUUGAAUUGGGAGACAGUGGCUGAGAUUGCACGAAUCAGCCGAAUGGCAGAACUCUACUAUACACUGAAGUACGAAAAGGACCACGAAGAUACAAUUAUAUUGGCUUCUGGGGACGAGACAUUGUCUGUGAGUCAGGAGAGCCUAGAACAUGAAACUGACAAGUACCGCGACACUGAGGACUGGAAAAGUGUUUGGUGGUGUAUCUACUCCCUUGACACCAUUUGCAGUGCUCUUGCAUCCUCCUCAACCGCGACUGCGAGUAGCCUACAAGGAAGAGUUGAGUUACCGGCAGUGUCAAUACCAGACUUCACCAAUUCACUCUCGGGUGACUCUUCAACUCCUAAGGACAAGUUGCAGCUCAUCCCCUGCACUGGAGUAAAGCACUGGGAGAUCAUGAGGAUGAUUUACUCAGAAAAUCCAUGCAGUAGUCGGAAUCUUUAUUUUGGAGCAUCUAAUUUAAUGCGCUCUGUGACUGAUCUCCGAUCUCUCUCGAAUCGUGGCCAUUGUAAGGACUUACACAAACGACUGCAAGAGCUUGAGAGCGACUGUACGGCGACAUCCUUUGCACUUCCUCCUUGGUUCUUCAAUGCUACCCGUAACCUGGUAUUGGCAGAGACAGAGGAGGAGCAUCAGCGGCGAUUAGAUACGCUUCUUGUUUGGUCUGGCGCAAAUAUCCUACUUGCAAUAUGUGCUGCAAAGAUAAGUAGCCGAGGCACAUGGCUGGGCCCUCAUGAGCUGCAAGGGCAAUGGCACGCGAUUUUAGUCAAGGCGAAUGAAGUCGUGUUGCUAAUCCAGAAUUGGAAGCCCAGUUACUUCCGAGCUGUUGACCCAAUGUGCUCAUACAUAGUAUACCUCGCCGCAUCUGUCAUUGCACACAAUCACCAAUUCUUGGGCGGGAGUGAAUCUGACCCCACUCGUUCAAAUGAAGAUCUUGAUCUUCUGAGUCUGUUCCUCGACCAAAUGGCGUUUAAUUGGCCAGUGGCACAUCAUCUCUCAGAUGCCUUCAAGUCGUUGAUGGCUACACUGAAAACGCGGAUUCCGGGCUAUAGGGAAGCUUUGGCUUACCUUUUCCGUCUUACCAGCCCGUUCAACGGAGGAAUUUCGUCUAUUGCUACCAAGCCUGUCGACUCACCUUCCCGUCCCUCGGAUGGUGCCUUGUCGAUCCAUGCCUCAGAAGUAAAGACGGUGAUAUUAAGCAACCAUACGAGCAGUGCAUUGCUAGAUAGCAUGGAUACCGAACUUUUGAAUUCCCAGUGGUUCGACCAGUUGGACUUUGAGUCCCUGGGGAAGAUCCACGAUGGUUCGGAUCUGACGGGUGUAUUUUCAACAUUCUAA